GGGCUGGGCUCGCGGGGCGGUGUCCGUCUGCUUUCUGUGCAUCCCCAGUUUCUACCACUCUGCCGGCCGAGUCUCUGCUGGUGGCGGAUCGCUCCCCAGACCUUGUGAAACAGUUCCUAUUUUGGAGUUUAAAGUAUGUCAUCAUGGCAAAGUUUCGGAGAAGGACUUGUAUCAUUUUGUCACUUUUUAUUCUAUUUAUUUUUUCUCUGAUGAUGGGUUUAAAAAUGCUGAGGCCAAAUACAGCUGCUUUUGGAGCUCCUUUCGGACUUGACCUUCUUCCAGAACUCCAUCAGCAAACUAAUCAUUUCAGGAAAAAUUUUGAUUCGCAAAAGAGUGACAGAAUCAACAGUGAAACAAAUACCAAGAAUUUGAAAAGUGUUGAAAUCACUAUGAAACCUUCCAAAGCCUCUGAACUUAACCUGGAAGAACUCCCACCUCUGAAUUAUUAUUUGCAUGUAUUUUAUUACAGUUGGUAUGGAAAUCCACAAUUUGAUGGUAAAUAUAUACAUUGGGACCACCCAGUGUUGGAGCAUUGGGACCCUAGAAUAGCCAAGAAUUAUCCACAAGGGAGACAUAACCCUCCAGAUGACAUUGGCUCCAGCUUUUAUCCUGAGUUGGGAAGUUACAGUUCUCGGGAUCCUUCUGUCAUAGAAACUCACAUGAGACAAAUGCACUCUGCUUCAAUUGGUGUGCUAGCCCUGUCUUGGUACCCACCUGAUACAAGUGAUGAGAAUGGAGAACCUACUGAUAGCUUGGUACCAACUAUUUUGGAUAAAGCUCAUAAAUACAAUCUGAAGGUCACUUUUCACAUAGAACCAUACAGCAAUCGAGAUGAUCAAAACAUGUACAAAAAUGUCAAGUAUAUUAUAGACAAAUAUGGAAGUCAUCCAGCCUUUUACAGGUACAAGACAAAGACCGGCAAAGCUCUUCCUAUGUUUUAUGUCUAUGAUUCUUAUAUCACCACGCCUGAAAAAUGGGCCAAUCUGUUAACCACCUCAGGGUCUCAGAGUAUUCGCAAUUCACCUUAUGAUGGAUUGUUUAUUGCACUUCUCGUAGAAGAAAAACAUAAAAAUGACAUUCUUCAAAGUGGUUUCGAUGGAAUUUACACAUAUUUUGCCACAAAUGGCUUUACUUAUGGCUCAUCACAUCAGAAUUGGGCUAGCCUAAAAUUCUUCUGUGAUCAGCACAACUUAAUAUUUAUCCCAAGUGUGGGCCCAGGAUACAUAGAUACCAGCAUCCGUCCGUGGAAUACUCAGAACACUCGGAACCGCAUCAAUGGGAAGUAUUAUGAAAUUGCUCUGAGUGCCGCACUGCAGACGCACCCCAGUUUAGUUUCUAUCACAUCUUUUAAUGAGUGGCAUGAAGGAACUCAGAUUGAAAAAGCUGUUCCCAAAAGAACCAGUAACACGGUGUACCUUGAUUACCGCCCUCAUAAACCAGGUCUUUAUCUAGAACUGACUCAUAAGUGGUCUGAAAAAUACAUUAAGGAAAGAGCAACUUAUACAUUAAAUCACUAGCUGCCUAGUUCUUAGUGGGCAGCUAAUUAUUGAAUCAGCUAAUUUUAAUAAAUGCCUUUUGGGUGGAAAGAAAACUGCCCCAAAUCAUUAUGCACUGUUACUGUUAUCUUUAAUAAAAAUAAUUUUUACAUCAGAGAGAUAUUAUCAUCGCCUCCCCUCACAAUAACGUACUGAGAAAAUACCUGGAGGGAACAUUGUGUGAGUGACAUUCCUUCUGGCAUAAUUUACUGCAUUUCUGACUGAAAGUGAAAUUCUGAUUCUAUGGCAGCUAAAUUUUCAUUUUAUAGUAGAUAACGUGCUUGUGUUGCAUAAAGCAGUACCCAGUUAUGUUCUAUUUGGACCGUCAGCCCCAAGAAAUAAGACUGUGUGUGUAUUUGAUACAUCUAUCAGGAAAACAAAAAGCCUGAAAGAUAAUAAUGUACAUGUUUAGUUCUAAUUCUUUUUUCAGUGCUUCAGUCAACUUCAUUGUAUUGGCAUUCAGACUCUGGAUAACUCUCCAAUAAUGAUGAAAUUUUUAAGAAUAAUAAAAUCACUGUACCUCUCUCAAUUUUUCUGUGA